AUGGACCGCUAUAAGCCUAAAAAGAAAGAAGAAGUGGAACUAUCUAUAUCAGAAGGAAAAAAAGCAGAUAAAAAUAAGCAUAAUAAAAAGCAGGCAAGAACUAAUUUCAUAUCUGUAAACUGUGAUUUUAAAAACUAUCGUAUUUUAUCGUACCGUGGUAAAAUAAUCGUAUUUUCAUGUACGAUAGUAAGUGUCUAUCGUACAUCGUACAAAUGGCCUAAAUUAUCGUAUGUGUACGAUAAUUAUCGUACGGAUGGCAACGCUGACUCAAACUCGGACGGCGGUGCUCAGAACUCACUAACAUGUCGACACAAGAUACGACUCGCUAUGGCGGUGUAUGGGAGAGGUGCCGGGUCAGACUAUAUGUGA